UUACAACAACAAAAACAAAUGCAGACAACCGCUUCCAGGGCUAACAACUUAAAUCCUCUGAUUCUCCUGUAUUAUAUGCUGCUAAUUGUUACAAAGACAACAUGGGAGAGGAGGGACGUUCUUCAUUUAAUCCGAAUUUAACGACAGAAUCUGCCCAACUUGUGAAAACUUUGCUGGAGAGACAACAGCACAGUGUAUCGGAGGAGCAGGAGGAGGAGGAGGACUCUCCUGGCAGACAGAUGGAGACUGUUCACUGGGUUUCUAGCGAAGACUUUACAGUCGAAGUGGGGAAAAGGCAGAUUGAAGAGUAUCUUCAAACCUGGGAGCUGCAGCCCUGUUGGCUUCACAGUCUGGACUUCCUCAGCUCCACCGAGGAGCAGCACAGUACCUUCUACCACUACCGGGCCCGCUUCAGUACCCCGACCUCACGGAGGCCGGUUCAGGGGACAGCUAGGGUCUAUUUCGUCGUGGACAUAUCGAAAGUGAAACCCCAAACUCUGCCCGCGGAGGUGCACUUCGUGGUGGAGUCCAACAGGCUGGUGCACAGCCCCGGGAGGACCAGGUUCAGAGAGGAGUGGCUGGAGGACGUGAUUGAAAGCAAGACUCUGCUCCGAAGAGCGGUCAGCCUGUGAAACAAGUAAACACCACCGAACCAGCCAGAAAAACACGGUUUCUCAAAAUACUAACCUGUGAAACUAGAAGCGAUAAACCCCACCGAAACACCCAGAAAGAGGCGGACGGUUUCUGGAUGCUUCCCAAACACUCACCUAGUGUUAACUUACACUCAAAGAGCUGGCUUUGAGUUGUCCGUCGUCCGGACUACUUGGACUUCAAAUAAACUCUCUUAAACACAGUAAAUUACAAUAAAUGCUAACUUAACUAGC